AUGGAUACCUCAGAUAAUGAAAUUCGUAUUCUUUCAAAAGAAAGAUUACAAUCUAUUCUUACAAAAGUUCAAGCACUUGAUCAUUAUAAACAUUAUAUAAAUGAACUAAUUAGUAAUUUUGAAAAAAACAAUGAAAAUUUUGACGAGGUAUAUAAAGCCGUAGUUCCUCAAUUACUUAAACUUAAAUUAAAAACAAAAUCAGUGUUAAAAGCAAUUGAUUUUUUGAUUGAUGUUGCAGUUAAAGCAGAAAAUGAAUUAACUGAAUAUAUUCUUGAUAUUCAUUCAGAUCUUACAUAUGCAUCUGAACCAUUAAUUCGUCAACGAAGUGUAUAUAUUAUUAUGAGAAUAUUAAAUUCAAUGCCAGACAAUUAUACUCUCACAGAAGAUAUUUAUAAAAAAAUAAAUAAAUCUCUUGUUGAACGUUUACAAGACACUCAAUCAAAUGUUCGUACUUAUGCGGUUCUUGCUCUUAAACGUUUUGAAACAUCUCAAUUAGUAAAUUGUCUAUUAGAUCCAAGAGCACAAGUUGUUGUUGCAACUUUACAAUCAAUAGCAAUUAAUUCAGAAACAAUUAUUCCAAUUAUUCGAUUAGUUGGAGAUAGUAGAUCUAUUGUUCGUGAAUAUGCGUAUCAAACAAUUAAAAAUAUUCCAAUAGAACAUAUUACACAUACUUCACUUUGUUAUAUUUUUAUUCAUGCCUUAACUGAAGAAAGACCAACUGUUAAAAAACAAUUUGAAGAAUUAGUUAAAUAUUGGAUUGAAACAAUUGAAUUUGAAGAAUAUUUUGAAAAGUAUUUCCCAUUGGAUAAAAUUCCUCAACUCCCACCACAAGAAGGAGAGUCUGGAACAGAUAUGGAAAGAUAUAUUUUAUUAAGUAAAAAAAUUGUUGAAGAAUUUAUUAGAAUUACUCAAUCACCUGCAGGUGUUACACUUGAUGUUUCACCAACACUUGUUAUUCUUCGAUGUUAUGUAUUACUAUCUCAUUGUGAAGGAGAUUAUCCAGAUGGACAAGAAGUAUUAAAUUGUAUUAAUGGAAAAUCAGAAUUAGAACAAAUUGCAUUAAUGAAAUUAUAUUCAAAAUGUAAUGGAGGAAAAUGUAAUAUUUUAGAAGUUGUUAGAGGACGUUCACAAGUUGUAGUUGAAGAAGCGUUUAGGGUAUUAAUAAAGAUGGAACCAAAUGACCAUUUUGGUAUUAUUGUUAAUGAAAUGCAUAAUAUUACUGAAGAUGACCAACCAUUAUUUUUAAAAGGAUAUUAUAAAUCAUGUAUUGAAGUUAAUUAUAUUCUUCCAUCAGAAUUUUUAGAAUAUCAUUUAAGACAAACAUUUAAAAAUUUACAAUCACCAAAUGAAGAGAAAAGAAUGUUUACAAUGGAAUUUGUUGGUCUUACAGUUCUUGUUAAUAAAGAAAAAGCACAACAAUUUAUUCCUGUAUUAAUUGCUGGAUUAUCAAAAGAUACAACACCAGUAAGAUUAGUUGCAUUAAAAGGAUUAACUGAUUAUUAUUUAUUAAGUGGAAUAAAUGUUCCUGAAACAUUAAGAGAUAUUUACAAUGAUGCAUUAUUAAGUUUAAGUGAAGAUUUAGAGGCAUUAAUUAUUGUCUUACAAGGAGUUAUACGAUUAUAUUUAAAUGAUAGAUUACAUAUUUCAGAAGAAUCAAGUGAAUUAUGUCUUGCAAAAACAAUGAUGUCAUUAUUUAUUCGAUCAAUUCCAGAAACACAACUACGAUCAUUAUUGUUUACAUUUUUUUUAUGUUAUUCACAAUCUCAUUUUGAAGAUUCUAAAAAGUUGUAUGAAUUAUGUUUAGAUGAAGCAGGACCAGAAUUAGAAAAAAUAACUGAAGUAUUUAUUCCAAUGUUAUCACAAUAUGAUAAAGAAAUAAAUACAACAAUUAUGGAAAUGUGCAUGCAUAGAUUAAUGAGUUGGAUUAAAGCUGAAGAUAAUUAUUCUGAUGAAAUGAUUAUUAAUUUAACAAGUGUUUUCUAUAAAUUAGAUUAUACAAAUAAUACAACUGAUAUUAGAGAUAUCUCUAUUCAACGACUUAAAUCAAUUCAAUCAGAACGUAAUAGUAAUGAAGUUAAUUUAGCAAUUAAGUCUUUAAUAGAGGCAUUUGAAGAAUUGAAUAAUUAA